GAGAGAAGAAAGAAAAAGGAAAAAAAAAAAAAGAAAUUAGGAGAAAAAUAGAGAGAGAGAGGUGCGAGUUUUGUGAUGUAGAGAGAAAGAGAGGUUUUUGAAUUCCCAAAAAUUAAAUGCACGCGUAUAACAGGCUACCGAGCAGUGGCCACUCAUCGCCGUCGCCGCCGCCGUCACCACUGCGAUCACCAAGGCUCCGACACGGUAGGUCCAAAACAGGAAGGUUUUCUCCGGGACACCCUGGCGCCGGCGGAGGGGUUGGCCGGACCGCCGCGCAGCGCCUUGCGUGGUCGUUUCUUUCGCUGCUUUUGCGGCGGCAAGGGGUUUUCCUUUUCGCGCCGUUAAUCUACAUCUCAGGGAUGCUUCUCUACAUGGGCUCCGCCUCAUUCGACGUCGUUCCGGUCAUCAAGCACCGCCCUGCGCCAGGCUCCGUUUACCGUAGCCCUCAGCUCUACGCCAGGCUACGCCCUGAGAUGGAUGCUGAUAAUUCUUCUGCAGAUGCGAUAUCAACAAUCUGGAAGAUUCCAUAUAAAGGUGGCGAGUGGAAACCAUGUGUUAACAGAUCUUCACAAGGCCUACCUGAAUCAAAUGGAUUCAUAUAUGUAGAAGCUAAUGGUGGCUUAAAUCAGCAACGGACAUCAGUAUGCAAUGCUGUUGCUGUGGCCGGCUAUCUCAAUGCUACCCUUGUGAUUCCCAACUUCCAUUAUCAUAGCAUAUGGAAAGAUCCUAGCAAGUUCAAGGACAUUUAUGACGAAGAAUAUUUUAUCAGUACCUUGAAAAAUGAUGUGCAAAUAGUUGACAGGAUUCCUGAGUACCUAAUGGAAAGAUUUGGCAGCAAUAUGUCAAAUGUCCACAAUUUCAGGAUCAAGGCAUGGUCAUCUAUUCAAUAUUACAAAGAUGUGGUACUUCCAAAGUUACUUGAGGAAAAGGUUAUCAGGAUUUCACCAUUUGCAAAUAGAUUGUCAUUUGAUGCUCCUCCAGCAGUCCAACGCCUUAGAUGCUUAGCGAACUAUGAAGCUUUACGGUUUUCAAAUCCUUUAUUGACUAUUGGUGAAUCCUUGGUUGAAAGAAUGAGAAAACGCAGUGCUAUCAAUGGUGGCAAAUAUGUCUCUGUACAUCUUCGUUUUGAAGAGGAUAUGGUCGCUUUCUCGUGUUGUGUUUUUGAUGGUGGAGAACAGGAGAGAGAAGACAUGAUUGCAGCAAGAGAAAGAGGUUGGAAAGGGAAGUUUACAAAACCUGGACGAGUUAUUCGUCCUGGAGCCAUCCGGAUCAAUGGGAAGUGUCCCCUCACUCCAUUAGAGGUUGGCCUGAUGCUGAGAGGAAUGGGAUUCACAAAGAACACUUCUAUCUUUUUGGCAUCUGGAAAGAUAUAUAAUGCCGAAAAAACAAUGGCUCCAUUACUUGAAAUGUUCCCUAAUUUGCACACUAAGGAAACUCUUGCAACAGAAGAGGAACUUGCUCCAUUUAAGAAUUAUUCUUCCAGGAUGGCUGCCAUAGAUUACACUGUUUGUCUUCAUAGUGAGGCGUUUGUUACGACUCAGGGUGGUAACUUCCCUCAUUUUCUGCUGGGCCACAGAAGAUACUUGUAUGGUGGACAUGCUAAGACAAUUAAACCUGAUAAACGGAAGUUAGCAUUGCUGUUUGAUAAUCCCAAUAUAGCAUGGAAGAGUUUCAAGCGUCAACUGCUGAACAUGAGAGCCAAUAGUGAUUCCAAGGGAGUUGAGAUCAAGAGACCGAACGACUCAAUCUAUAGCUUCCCGUGCCCAGAUUGCAUGUGCCAUGCCAACAAAACUGACAACUCAAGAUCUUCAUCAGCCGCUUGAUGUAAUCAGGAAUGAUGGGCGUUUCCAUUAACCCUAUAAUUUUGUGUGAGCAUGCCUUGCUGCUGACCGCGUUUCUGGUAUUGUGAUUAUUUCAUUCUUUCCCCUUUCCAUUCAGUGAGAGGGCAUACACUCCAUUUUUGGAGCCUAAAAGGAUUUUGUUGGAAGUACCAUUGACCAAAUUGUAUUUUUGGAUCGAGUUUUCCAAGGGAGUGGCAUCUUUUUUGCACAUGAUGCCAGUACAGCACAGCACAGUACAGAAUCGAACCCCGUUCAGUUGCUUGAACAGGUCAAGUUUCGGAACCUGUCCCAAGAACAUUGGCUAAUCUAUGUCUUCAUUUAUGAAUUUGCAGCUACUUUAUUGGACUAGCCAGUUCCAAAGAAUCAAAAGAACAAACCCCAAGUUCCUUCACUUCACACGAUAGCUUGUACAUUACCUCGAGUAUGCAUGUGUUUUAAGGCUUAGCAACCAAAUAGCUCUAUGUACAUUUAACAAAAUUCAGGGUCCUUAGUAUCAUUUCUUUUUUCUUGUGUUGUUUCCUUUCCCCUCAUAUUGAGAGGGCUUUCAUUGUUUUAGUGAGAACACAUUCGUUAUUCUUUUACAUUGGUGCCCACAUUGUUGUAGUGAUGAUUCCAGUGGAUGUAAUUAGCUCACCAUUUAUGAUUAGAAAUUGCGAAACUUUGGUUAAUCAGGGAUGAAUUGAUAGAAUUAAUCAUUGUUAAUACGAGUUCUAUUGACUU